AUGGCCGUAUCGGUGCGACACGGGGUGCCAGAGCUCUCGGACAGCUUUGACCUGCAGAUGACGCUCCUCGCUUUGUGCAAGUGCCUUCAUGAGUCCGGACAGGUCCCUGCAAGUCGACUGGCUAUCGAGUUGCACAAAGUGCGUUUCUCUACAAUGAAGCAGCUGCACCCGAUCAACGCGGAGUGCUCUUUUCAGCGGGCCAUGCGGUCGGAAAGAAUUCUUACCCAAUGCGUGGAGUAUGCCGACCGAUUCUUGGCCAUAGAGCUCUUCAACACAUGUAAGGUGCUGGCCAAAGGUCUGAGAUCCAACCCGCAACUACUUCCGGGUGUUCACCUGGCUCUGGGGCCCCAGAUGUGGGAAUGGCAUCCGCAGCCAGGAACAUUGCGCCUGCUUGGUGAUUGCAUUCCACGAACCCAGACCUUCCGUUCCACACUUGCGCAGCAGCGCGACGUGGUGGUGAUUUCCGGAGGUGGAUUUGGAAGUGCCGUCCGGCGUGUGACGAAAUCGGCAUCGCUGCUCAUGAAGACUGGAGGUUCCUGGGAGAACCUUCCGCCAAUGGUCAAGAAGCGCGAGUUUCAUGCCGCUGCUUUCCUGAAUGGAAAGCUAUACGUCUGUGGAGGCCUUAAUGACGAUCUUGAACAGGAAAAGGCCGGGGAAGAGGCAGUUCAUGGCUCUGUCGAGUGCUUCAAUCCUCGGACAAAGACCUGGAGACAGCUCCCGCGGAUGUCCGUUCGACGACACCACCAUGAAUGCACGUCUCAUCUUGGAUGUAUCUUCGUAUCGGGGGGGAUCUCCCCUGAUCGACCUGGAGGCGAAGGGCCGCUUGCGACCGUCGAGUGCUACGAUCCUUCGAAGCAGCGCUGGUCUCAGAUGCCAGCGAUGUCCACGGAGCGCAAGGGUCACACUGCAGCCAGCGUCAACGGCAAACUCUUCGCUUGCGGUGGGGGUUCUGCUCCUGCAUGUCUCAUCGAGCACUUGGAUGAUUCCCUGCGCUAUUGGGUCCCAGGCCCAAGUAACGGAACAGAGGCUGUCCAGACGUGCCUGGCAUCCACUGGUUAUCAGGGGCAGUUGUACAUAUUGACCCACGAGGUUGCCCCGACAAUUCUACCCGACCAGAUCUUCCUGCAAAGGUUCAAUUUGAUGACUGGGGAAUGGAAGGUGAUGCCUCUGGAAGUCUUCAUUCAGUAG